AUGGGUGUCUUUGAGCGCAAACACGGGCAAUGGGUAGCAGACCUUGCCAUUGUCAUCGCCGCCCCCGUCCUUGCCUACUUCCUCGCGCGACAACUCAUAUCUCGACUUGAUCCGGAUGCUGGUGCCAAAAGUGAAGCCCAACAGAAAGCACUCGCCGCCACCUCCCGCCUCCAAUCAAUCUUCCAGUCCCCCGAUCGCGACGAUGACUUUUCCGACGACUCCGAUGCCGACGAAUUCCCUACGGAACGCACCAAACACCGCGAAGACCUGACGUUGACACCCUACGAACAGACGAUCGCCAUGGAAGUUGUAUCGCCAGCCGAGAUACCCGUCACUUUUCACGAUAUCGGAGGACUGGACUCGAUUAUUGAGGAGCUGCGGGAAUCCGUCAUCUACCCUCUCACUAUGCCACAUUUAUACUCCAAUCACUCUUCUCUUCUGACUGCACCUAGCGGCGUGUUGCUCUAUGGGCCUCCGGGCUGUGGAAAGACGAUGCUUGCGAAAGCACUGGCAAGAGAAAGUGGCGCAUGCUUCAUCAACCUACACAUCUCAACACUCACAGAGAAGUGGUAUGGCGAUAGCAAUAAGCUCGUCGCAGCCGUGUUCUCACUUGCAAGAAAGCUUCAGCCGAGCAUUGUGUUCAUCGAUGAGAUUGAUGCUGUACUGGGCCAGCGGAGAAGUGGAGAGCACGAGGCGAGCGGCAUGGUAAAGGCAGAGUUCAUGACACAUUGGGACGGGCUAGCGAGUGCGACCGUGGGAGAGGGUGGUCAGAGGAUAUGCAUUCUUGGAGCUACGAACCGGAUUCAGGACAUCGACGAGGCGAUUCUCCGAAGAAUGCCAAAGAAGUUUCCCGUUGGAUUACCAGAUUCCAAGCAGAGGAGGAGCAUCUUUGAACUCACCCUCAGAGAUACGAAGAUAGAUGCGAGACCUGGCAGCUUUGAUUUGGAUGCAUUAGUGAGGGUCAGUGCAGGUAUGAGUGGAAGUGAUAUCAAAGAGAGUUGCAGGGAUGCUGCCAUGGUGCCCGUGAGGGAGUAUAUCCAGCGGGCAAAGGCUAGCGGAGAGAAGAUGGGACGUGGUAUCAAGAGUGAGGCUGUACGAGGAUUGCAGACGGAUGACUUCUUUGGAAGGAGAGGUGGCGUGAGACAACUACAGAGAACAGUACAUGAGGCUGAUGAGCGGAGCGUGGGAAGUGGAAGUACGGAGGAGGUGGAGGAGUUUGGCGRUGUCGAGGAAGUGCCGAGGAGGUGA